UAAAUUAGGAAUUUAAAAAAAUUACGACAAUGCAGACGAAAACAUGGCUCCAUCACAAAGUCAAGUCGUUACUUUAGCUGCCGGGUCUGCGUUGGUAGUCGGUGUUAUUUUCACAAUAUUUUUGGUGAAACGUAAAAAUAGAAACGAAGAAAAUUCAGCAAGGCCAAAAAUAAAGAAAGUACAGGAAAAAGUCUAUAAUGGGGAAGAGACAAUUCCAAUUGAAACAUCAGGGCUACAAGGAGAAGGAGAUAGUUUUCUGCUGGAUUCAAACAGUGGUCCCCCUCUACCUGAUAAAGAGGGGCUUACAAUUUCGACUUCAUGGGCAAUACUAAAUGAUGACGAGUCUCAUAUUAGUAGUCCCCAUCUGUCACCUGUCGACAGCGAGACUAGUUUAUCCAUUAUCAAUGGCACAGACAACGAAAGUGCACUUGAUAAUAACUGGGAUGAUUCAGCUUCAAACACAGUGCUCGAAGCUGGCGACCAAAGUACUAUUUUAGUUGAAAAUGUACCAUUAUCUGGACGUCUGUCAUCAGUAGAGCGUGAAACAGUUGCUAUGGAGACGAUAGACAUACAGUACGAGGAACUUCUCAAAGAGCAUAAAGAGUCCGAAUCUCAAACAUUUUCAUCUGAUGAAAUUAAAGAGGCGCUGAUGGCAUCGCAGAACCCUUCACAGGGCCUCACAGUUCGCAAUGCAGAGGUGCUGGCAGGGUUACUUACCUUUGAAGAUAUUCAUUUGAAACAUACUGCUGUACAGGGUAUAGCCAAUUGUGCUACAUUCAGCAAAAAUCAGGAUGUGUUACGUGACCAGGGUUGUUUACCGCGUAUUUCCAAACUUCUCGAGCUUCAGCGCAUGGCAAUGUGGUUGAGACAUUCCGGUGCCUCGACUUCCGUGUCCGUCACUAUAAAUGCCGUCACCAAUCUGGCGACAAAUGAGAAAAAUAACAAAGAAAUGGAGUCUUGUGUGCCAACUCUAGUUGAUAUUUCUCUGGACAAAGAUACUGGUGAAGCUGUUUGUCUCUCAUCACUGCAGGCUCUUACAAAUUUGUCCUUGACCUCUGACCACCACGGCCAUUACACACGUCUCGUGCAGCGUUUGUACGAGUUCUUAAAGACGGAGAAUAAGGUUAUACAGAUACAAGCUUUAAAGAUUCUUGUCAACCUGUCGUGUAACCCAGAAGUUGUACCACAUCUAUUAGCUGCUAAGGCUCCCGAAGGACUGCUCGCUUUCCUACAGCCAUCACAGACUGAUGAUGCGAUAAUUCUCCGCUUUGUAACUUUACUUGCUAAUAUAUUAAAAGUUGUCAAGGACAAGAAUAUCACGUCUUCCUCUCUACCACCGGAUGAUAAGGCGGCAUCGCCGGAAACUAUGUAUUGUGCGUUACUCGGGAUUAGCACUGUUGGAAAUGUGAAAAAUAAAGUGUUCUUAUUGUGUAAACAUUCGAACGAGGAUGUAAAAUUGCAAGCAGUUAGAGUUUAUAAUUAUUUGAAAUAGACUUGGACCGGAACUUAUAGAAAAUAAUGUGUUUAACUACGGCAUUUGAAAGACAUCACUAAUUUAGACUGCC